UUCAGUCUAAUCACAAUACAAAAAGAGAAUUCUUGGAUUAUUUUAAGAGCAAACAGAUCGACUAGAUCAGCUGUUCCUUUUAUUAAAUUUACAUUAAACAAUAAUAAAUUAUACAUAAAAUUAAUUAAUAAUAUAAAAAUAACAUUUCUUUAAUGCAAAAACAAAAUUUUUAUAUUCAAAUUAAAGUAUAAAUUCUUUAUAAGAAUAAAAAAAUUAUGAUAAGAAAAAGAAAUUUAAAAUUCAAAUGAAUAUUACAAAAUUUCAUUGGAAAAUUUCAAUUUUUGAGAAAAAUUAAAAAUUAAAAAAAAAAACUGCCCAAUUAACUAACGUUCAAUAUGUGUUUUAAACUGAAAAUGUUUAUAUUUAAAAAUUUCUUGGAUUUUGUAAAAUUUUCAUUUCUUUUAAUAAUAAUUUCAAAUAAUUUAAUUGCAGCUUCAAUUGAUUUUUCUUAUACAUCAGUUCGAGAUAAAAUUUUAGAAAGCGAACGUGUAGCUGCAACUGGUGGUAGUAUAUGGUUGAAUGCAAGAGAAGCUAAAGCUAACGCAAUUUUAAUGAAGGCUAAAAAUCAAGAAAUUACUGAAGGAUUAAGAAAUCCUGAUAUAUAUGCACCAUCAAUGCAUUUCUUUCAUGCUAAAUCACGUAUUCGUCGAUCUGAAGUUUUUCGUAUCAUUUCUAAAAUGCCAAAAGGUUCAUUUUUACAUGGACAUCAACGUGGAAUGGUAUCAUCAAAAUGGAUUAUAAAAAAUAUAAUGUCACAAUUUAAUGUAUUCUCUUGUCGUGAUCAACGUGGUAUUUUUAUAUUCACAGCUCGUAAUCAUACAAAAUGUGUAACACCAUUAGAAAAUGUUUGCACAGAACGAAAUAAUUCACCAGAUAAAAAACAAUAUGAUAGGGUGCUAGAAAAGCAUAUCAACAUGUUUACAUUGCAUCCAGAAAUUGGUCUUACGGAAAGAAAUAAACUUUGGGAGAAAUUCGAGAAUAUAUUUUAUGCAACUGAAGAUAUUUAUAAAUAUUUGCCAGUAUUCCGUGAAUAUAAUAAGCGAAUAUUAGAAGAAUUAUAUGCAGAUAAUAUUAUGUAUGCAGAAAUAAGAUCCUCUUUAUCACCGCUCUAUUGUGAUCGAAAUCGUAAUUAUUCGUCAUUAGAGGUUUUAAAUGAAUUGGAACAAAUUGUAAAGGAUUUUAAAAAGACUCAUCCAGAUUUUAUUGGUAUGAAAAUAAUUUAUGCUAAAAAAAAUAAUGCUAACAAAGCUGAAAUGUGUAAAAGAAUAGAUACUUUUAAAGAAUUAUACAAAGCAAAACCGAAUAUUUUAAUUGGUUUCGAUAUUGUUGGACAAGAGGAUUUGGGUGAACCGUUACAAAAGUUUAUUGAUGAAUUAUCAGAGUUACCAGAAGGAGCGAAUUUUUUUUUUCAUGCUGGUGAAACAAAUUGGUUCGGGAAAACCGAUUUAAAUAUGUUAGAUGCAAUUUUAUUAAAUACUCGUCGUAUCGGACAUGCUUAUGCAUUAGCAAAACAUCCUCAACUAUGGGAUACAAUAAAAUCAAGAAAAAUCGCAAUUGAAGUAAAUCCUAUAUCAAAUCAAAUUCUUGGUUAUAUUUGGGAUUUACGUAAUCAUCCAGCAGCAUUUUAUAUUGCUGAAGAUUUACCAUUGAUUAUUUCUGGAGAUGAUCCAGGUAUUUGGAAUGGAAAAGCAUUAUCAUACGAUUUUUAUUAUGCAUUUAUGAGUUUUACUUCAGCACAUGCUGAUUUAAGAGUUUUAAAACAAUUCGCUCUAAAUUCAAUAAGGUAUGCAAUUUUAACACCAGAAGAAAAAAGACAAUUCAACAAAAUUUUUAGUAAAAAAUGGGAUAAAUUUAUAGAUGAAAUAAUCAAUUCAAAAUAUUAAUUUUAGUAAAUUUUAAAUGUUAAAUACAUUUAUUUAUAAUUUAAAUUCCAUAUAAAUUAUUAAAACUUUAAUUUUUAUAAUCCAAUUGAA